AUGAGCUUCCCAGGACACACGUCUACACUGAUCAUCGGCGGUGGUCCGGCAGGACUGGUAUCACUCAAAUACGUACUUGAAUAUGGUCCCCGGUGGGAUGAAGGAGAAGCACCGGUUCUGGUGGAGAUGGAACCUGAGAUUGGUGGUACUUUCCGAUGGAGAGGAUAUGAAAAUGCCGAGUUGGUGAGUAGCAGACAACUUACUUGUUUUUCAGAUCUCAGAUAUCCAUCAGAUACUCUUGAUCAUCCAUCUCUUGUCAACUUUGUCGAAUAUCUUGAAGCUUAUGCUCAUCAUUUCAAACUCUUCAACCAUAUUCAUCUCUCUACCAAAGUCGUCUCACUUUCCCUCACCCAUUCAUCAGACGACUAUCGUCAUUGUGCCACAGUCCUCCGCACAUCUCGUGAAUCGAAGGAAACCACAAAAUCUACAAUCUUGGCAAAAAGAGUGAUCAUAACUACUGGUCUUCACGUCACCCCUAACAUCCCUCCAAUCCCCGGUCUUACCGUUCAUCCCACAUCAAACACUCCAAAAUGGUUUCAUUCAUCCUCAUACAAAACCCCUUCUCAAACUUCCCAGAAGAAAGUCUUAGUGCUAGGCGCAGGUGAAACAGGUAUGGAUAUCACAUAUGAAUCCGUAAUAUCUCAUGGAUUAAUCACAAACCUUUUCGAAACUGCUUAUAUCCAUCCUUGGGUUUCCGCAACACGUAUCCGUUCUCAUAUUUCCGAUUUUGUCGUAAGAGGUUUACUUUGGGUAUUGACAGGUACUACGGCAGGAUGUAAUCAAUGGGCAGGUGAAUUACCUUUGGAAAAACAAGGAAGAUCUUAUGUUUUUCUAAACAAAAGUUCAAAAGCUAUGCAAUAUAUAAAUCGACCUUUUAAAAAAUUAUCUUGGAUACAUAAAUCAAUAGCUCAUUAUGUUGAUCUUCCAUCACCUGAAGGAUUAGAAGAAACAAUAGUGAAGAUAGUUCCAUUUCCAUUGAAGUUUGAUCAAGAUGGAAAAGCUAUAUUUCCUCCUCCACCAAAACAUAGAGAAAAAGAGAUUGCUUGGAAAGAAGAAUGUAAACCUGAAAUUGUGGUUUUGUGUACGGGUUAUAAACAAGAAUGGGAUUGGUUAAGUGAUGAAUAUCCUAAAGGUCCUGAAGAAUGUGAUAUUAGAGGUAUUUGUUGGAGUAAAGAUUUGACUAUUUGUUUCAUAGGUUUUCUAAGACCUGGAGUAGGUGGUAUACCACCAAUGGCGGAAAUGCAAAUUCAAUUAUUCAUUCUUUUAACACAAGGAAAAUUACCUAUUCUGAGAGGUCAAGAGAAUUAUCAUCUACUUCAUUCAUCAGAAUCUAGGAUUCAAUACGGUGUAGAUUAUUCCGCUUACAUGUCAACUUUAGCAAAAGAUAUCGGAUCAGCUCCUGGUUUGUUUGAAUUAUGGAGGGAACACGGAUGGUUUAUCACUUUUGUUUAUUGCUUUGGAGCCGCUUUCCCAACGUUUUAUCGUUUACAGGGACCUUUCAAAUCCUCUUCAGCACCUCUUAUUGUGAAAACAGAAAUAUGGGAGACUAUACGUCGUCGAGGAUUACUAGGUAAUUUGUUUAUGGGUGUUAUACCAAUGAUCUUUUAUGCUUGGUUGAACUUACUUGUUUAUCUUGCGGAGACGAUCUACAGAUUUCUUAUGUAG